AUUCGUUCUCCACUAAAAUUAUCUAAAAAAAGCAAAAAAUUAAGAAAAAAAAUAAGCUUUUGAGUGUGAGAGUAGAGCAAAGCGCAGCCUCCUUGUGCAUAUCUGUUUCAACAGUUGAGUUGAAAUUUCAAGCUUUUCUUUUUCCUUUUUUCCUUUUUUUUUUCAGUUCGAAUUAUUUUAAUAAUUUUUUUAACGAUGCCGGAGGAGACGAACUCCAUAGAUUACGUUAUGGAGAAGGCAUCGGGGCCUCACUUCUCCGGCCUCCGUACUCCAACAGCCACCUCUGCCUCCUCCUCCGCCUUUGCCGAGGCCAACGCUCCUCAUCAGCCCUUUGUCAUCGGGGUUUCAGGAGGUACAGCUUCUGGUAAAACGACUGUCUGUGACUUGAUCAUCCAACAGCUUCACGAUCACCGCGUUGUUCUUGUCAAUCAGGAUUCGUUUUACCGCGGUUUAAAUGCUGAGGAGUUAAAACGCGUGCACGAGUAUAAUUUUGAUCAUCCUGAUGCUUUUGAUACAGAGCAGCUUCUGGAUUGUAUUCAGAAGCUCAAAAGUGGGCACUCUGUUCAGGUCCCAAUCUAUGAUUUUAAGCAUCAUCGUCGAUCUUCGGAUAGUUUUCGUCAGGUGAAUGCUUCUGAUGUCAUAAUUUUGGAAGGAAUUCUUGUUUUCCAUGACCAGCGUGUGAGGAACCUUAUGGAUAUGAAGAUUUUUGUUGACACAGAUGCUGAUGUGAGGCUUGCUCGUAGAAUAAGACGAGAUACAGUUGAGAGGGGUAGGGAUGUAAAUUCUGUUCUUGAACAAUAUGCAAAGUUUGUGAAGCCUGCAUUUGAUGAUUUUGUUCUGCCAUCAAAGAAGUAUGCUGAUGUCAUCAUCCCCCGAGGAGGUGAUAAUCAUGUUGCCAUUGAUUUGAUUGUGCAACAUAUCCGGACUAAGCUUGGUCAGCAUGAUCUUUGCAAAAUAUAUCCCAAUGUGUAUGUAAUUCAGUCAACAUUUCAGAUUAGAGGAAUGCAUACUCUGAUUAGAGACCGGGAAAUUUCUAAGCAUGAUUUUGUCUUCUAUUCAGACCGGCUUAUUCGUCUGGUGGUGGAGCAUGGUCUUGGGCAUUUGCCAUUCACUGAGAAGCAAGUAAUAACACCUACAGCAUCAGUAUAUACUGGGGUUGACUUUUGCAAAAAGUUGUGUGGUGUUUCCAUUGUUCGAAGUGGUGAAAGCAUGGAAAACGCUUUACGUGCAUGUUGCAAAGGAAUAAAAAUUGGAAAAAUUCUGAUUCAUCGGGAUGGAGAUAAUGGGAAGCAGCUUAUAUAUGAGAAGCUUCCCAAGGAUAUUUCAGAACGACAUGUCCUUCUUCUGGAUCCAGUUCUUGCUACAGGGAACUCUGCUAACCACGCCAUUGAACUACUCAUACAGAAAGGAGUUCCAGAAUCGCACAUUAUAUUCCUUAACCUCAUCUCUGCGCCUGAAGGAAUCCAAUGUGUUUGCAAACGUUUCCCAUCCUUGAAAAUCGUUACUUCAGAAAUUGAUGUUGCACUAAACGAGGAGUUCCGCGUCAUACCAGGCAUGGGCGAGUUUGGGGAUCGUUAUUUUGGCACUGAUGACUGAUCCAUCAUGGUUGGCUAAUUGCAAUUGUAACCAGCAUUAGAAGCCACCGGCUAGGAUUAUCGGACUUCAUCAAGUGUCGUUACAAAGGCCAAGGCCAAGAGAUGAUUCCAUUGUCAUUUAUUUUGGUUUGAUGUUGCCGUAAUUGCAUCAUUUUGAGCCUGCGGAUGGAAGAAUACUUGAACAAAUUGAAGUCAUAGGAGUUUGAUAAAUGCAGUAAAACAUAAUGAAUACCGGUUAUAUGCAGUUGAUUUUAGACAAUUCCUGCCAAUUGUUCUUUGAAGCUGUUAAACUUGAUGGGGGCAUUGCUUAAUGAUAUCCAUGGGUGUGGUUGUGAUUUUCCCUAA